AUGUUGGACCUCCAGGGACUCUGUUUCUCUCUCCUUCACAUUCCGAGAAAGCUCCAUCUCGCUCUACUACAGCCGGUAUCUCGAGCUACCAAGUCGGUUGUUAAGCGAAGCAUCAUGUUUGUUUUCCAGAGAGAGGACCUGCCCAAGGAUCCUGUGUUUCCUGCAAAUCUCAAGCAACUCGGAUAUUUCAUUAAUGACAAGGAUGAGAUACGCAUGAUCUCGAACCCAGAGGAGAAGUUUCUCUAUAGAAUCAACGCCAAUGAGCGUUACAAUGAGCUCCAGAAAGAAGCGAUGAACAGUGAGUCCUUCAUAUUACGACCACACUCUGGUCUCUCUCGCUGGUUGAUCCCUACUGACAUGAUAAUAGCUUGCAUUCGAAACAUCGUGAUAUCCCGCCUACAUGAUCAAGGGCUAGAGACAUUGCGGCUGCCUCUCGGAGCUAAAGCAAAUGAACAACACGUACCGAUUCUGGUCUCCCCCACAUUUAAAACAGACGAACGCAUUAUCGUUGUCUUUGGCGAGCCAGUUCAGGAUCUCGGCAUCUGGGCAUACCGGGUUAUUGGUCAUGAAACCAUCAACUCUGGGUCUGCCGUGGACUUCUCAGCAGCUGUCUUAGGCGGAAAAAGUGAAUCUCCAGCACCAGGUCUCAUCCUGACCAACCCUGGGCAAUUAGUUUGGCACUGCGCAGGUGAAAAUGCCAUUUCAUUACCUUCAUGGCUGGCACUCCCCAGGAAACACGCCGUUGACCCGCCUAUGAAGAUGACCGUUCGAAACAAGAUACCCGGGCAUGAAACUUGGCAGGACCAUAUUACGUAUGUUUUUGAUGAGGUGCUGGGUAAACUUGCUCCAGAUGCAAAGAUUGAUAUUAUUGGGCUUGCAGAGGGCAGUCUUGCUGCCGUUAGGUACCUAGCUGAGCAUUGGUCGACGUGGAAGUCUCGCAUAUCUUCCAUGGCACUUGGUAACCCGUUACAUGACAUGAAUCAUCUGCACCCAGCUGAAUUCGCAGAGUUCAUAUCGACUCGUUGCCGCGCUUAUUUGAUCUCUGAUAAAGAGCUAGGUCAGCCUGUGGCGGGAAGAUACGAGUAUGGCUGCAACUGUUAUUCGUCUGGAGAAUCAAAAAACGUCGAAUGCAUCAUCCCUCGGGCCUAUGAAAGUAUGCUGAAAUGGCUUGAUGAUAUGCAUGACAAACCGGAACUGAAGGAGACCGAGGUUUUUGUUAGUGAGGACUUUGGGAUUGCUGAACCUGGCGAGGAGUUCGGCGGUGAGAAUGGCAACGGUGCUGUGGUAGAGGAGCUCAACUAG